UCGACUCCUGUCUAUCACACCAAGUCGACUCCGGUGUACCACACCAAGUCCAAGCCUGUCUAUGAGACUAAGACCACUCCUGUCUACCACACCAAGCCGACUCCCUCGACCCCUGUGUACCAUACCUCGCAUGUUGAGUCCACCAUUGUCUCGAAGCCAUCGACCCCUGUCUACGAGACCAAGACCACUCCGGUGUACCACACUAAGUCCAAGCCUGUUUACGAGACCAAGUCGACCCCUGUAUACCAUACCAAGUCAACCCCUGUCUACGAGACUAAGACUACCCCUGUCUACCACACUAAGCCGACUCCCUCGACCCCUGUGUACCACACUUCGCAUGUUGAGUCCACCAUUGUCUCGAAGCCAUCGACCCCUGUCUACGAGACCAAGUCGACUCCUGUCUAUCACACCAAGUCCAAGCCUGUCUAUGAGACCAAGACUACUCCGGUGUACCACACUAAGUCCAAGCCUGUUUACGAGACCAAGUCGACUCCGGUGUACCACACCAAGUCCAAGCCUGUCUAUGAGACUAAGACCACUCCUGUCUACCACACCAAGCCGACUCCCUCGACCCCUGUGUACCACACCUCG